GAGUGCGUUCAGGGUAUGACACUAUUUGUAUUUAUAAAUAGAAUUUAAAGAUGACUUAAGAAACAUGUAACAUUCAUAUGUUAGUAAUAAAAAAGGCGAUACAAUCAUGUCAAUGGACGUUAUAAAAUUGUUAUUUGGUUUUACUCUUUAUCUAUCAGGAAUACAUUUGGCUGCAGGAGCUGACGGAGAAUGUAGUGCUUUCUGUGUACAGCCGGAAACGGGGCUCUCAUGUGAUAAUAUCACGGGUGACUGUUUACAAGGAUGUCAGCCAGGAUAUGCCGGUUCUAAAUGUAACAUACAGUGUUGUUCCAACUGCAACGAUUGUGUUCUAAAUCAAGGAAGCGUGACAGCUAUAGUUUGUAAUGGAUGUGCCAAUGAUUAUUACCUAACUGACGGAGAUUGUAAACCAUGUAGCGAAAGCUGCGCCAGAAAUGACAGUUCCUCUACUUCAGUCUGCAGACAGUCGGACGGACGAUGCGAGUUUGGUUGUGUGGCGGGCUACUAUGGUGACAAAUGUAUGAGUCAGUGCAGUGCUACAUGUAAGGGGAACACGUGCAAUUCUGACGGGUCGUGUGCAAAUGGCUGCGUUCUAUCAGUAUUGACGGGGCCUCAAUGUCUGGACUCGUGUAGUGAAGGCUGUGUUAAACGAGAGUGUGAUCAGACUGGUUCGUGUCUCGAGAGUUGUACUCCAACUUACUGGAACACAGACUGCCAGGACGCGUGCAGCCCGAACUGUCAUAGACCAAAAGAUCUUGACACUAGGGUUUGUAAUUUGACCACUGGGUUCUGUCUACACGGAUGUGCUAACAAUACCUACUGGGAUACCAACUGUACUGCAGAAUGCAGUAAUAACUGCGCAGACCGGAAAUGCGAUUAUUUGACUGGCGAUUGUUCAGACGGCUGUGUAGAUGAAUAUGAAGGACCAAAAUGUUCUGAAAGAAUAAAGGCAGACCCAGAUAUAAAACCUAUAGCGAUCGGAGCCGGCGUCGGAGCGUUCGUUGUCAUCGUCAUCAUAAUUGUUAUAGUUGUCGUCUGCUGGAGAAGAAAACGUAACAAAUUUUAGUUGAAAUUUGGAUGGCAAAUAUAUCAUCGACUAAAACUGAACUUUUCUUAUUCAGGGACACUUCUCUAUGUUUAGAAAAAAAUAGCUGUGUGUCAUUUGAAUCAUAUUAACAUUUUAUGUCUGACUUUAUGAUGACGUCAUGAACGUUUAAUAACGCCAUGAGGAGAUGUGAAUUAUUCAUUUGUGUGUUAGCUAUAUAUUCAUUUGUGUAGGUUGGUUAGUUUGAUAUGAAUUGUAUAACGUCAAAUCUCAUACCACAAGUGACAGAGCCAUUCAAAUAACAAAAUGGCUGAAGUCGGUUAAGUUGUUGUUAAUUCCGCAGCUUUAUAAAACCUGAUUAGAAAAGUAAUUAAAAAUAGGGUUACGUGCACCGGUAAUUGAAGAAUUUAGUGGGGACUUAAGUUGAUCAUUUGCAGUGAUGGUGGUCGCCGUAGUUUACCCUCCGGAUCACCACAGGGAACCACAUUACAUUUACCAGAGCACAGUUCAGCCAACGCAUCAUUCCUGGGUAAACUUUCUAGCCGUUUACAAGUACUAUUUUCCUUCGCUUUCGCAAGGAGCUGAUAACUUAUUUCUGUACUUGCCAACGCAUAUAGGUGCGGUGCGAAUGACCGUAGAAUCACAACAAACGACCUGCGCUGUGACUCGAACCUCCUAUUCACAGUCUAAUACUCUACUAUUUGAGCUAACCGGACGGCUUUUAAGUUGGUCGUUAAACGACUUUGUUUCAUUUAUAAGUGGUUUUUACUUACGCUGCAUCUGCGCCUGUAUUGUAUUCUAAUUAUAAAUAUAUAAUUAUAUAUAUAUUAAAGGUACAUGUAAUGAUGUAUAAAUGUAAUUGUUUAUUUUAUAUUAAAAUUUUCUUUUACGAUUAAAGAUAAUUUAGGAUUUGUUUUUCAACAAACGAAUUUUUGGUCUUUUAUUUUACAAACAAUGCUUUUUAAAAAAGUUCUGGUACAGGUUUAAACGGUGUUGGUAGUCAGGUAGUUCAAAGCAACUAUUUCUCUCAUUUUUAGUUUUAUCUGUUAUAGGUUGGAACAAACAAAAAGUAGACAAAAUUAAAAACAAAUCAUAUUUAAGGAAACAGUAAUAUUAAAAAUACUGUAAUGAAAAAGAAAACCAAAAGGCAUUUGUUAAUUUGAUUUAGGUUAUUACUCGCUACUUAACAAUAAAGGAAAAUUAUCUCAUAAGUGUACAGAUGUCAGCUUGAAACAAUUAAAGUAUGUUCGUAUACAAUUUCUCCCCACCCAUACUUGAUAAUACUUUCACACUUAACAACAAAACAUGUGUUUAUUUGAUCAUAUUAAAUAAAAAUAAAUGCGUUUUAAUAAUUAUCCUUUAGAUUCAGUUGUUAUUGAUGUUUUCGACAAGGAAACAUACAAUUGUAGGAAACCCUUUCUCUCGUGCAAUACUAGACGAGGAAUAUUUGGUUUUGAUGCACGUGGCAUAAAACACGCGUACAUAUUGUUUUAAAUUGUUAUGUUAAUUUAUGUAUCUAUCACUUUGUUUUGAAAUAAGUCUCUAGAUAUUGUAAUUUCUGAUAAAUAUAAUUUUUCUGUGUA